AUGGACAAAUCUACUGAGAAACAGGAAAACUGUGAAAGGGAUGGUCCUUACCUGCCGUGUCUGCUGCGGACCAUCAGCACCAGGGAAUCUGGGCCAGCUUUGCACAGCAGCAAUGAUGUGGAGAUGAGGCUUGUGGCUUUGGGUUCUGUACCCUCCCAGAACAUACAGCAUAGCCAGGUGAGGAACCUGUCUCCAGCCAUGGCCAUGGCAGAUGUGAAGGAACAUGUAUGGAUGUGUGACUGCCAGCUGCCCAACACUCAAAGAUAUCCCAAGCUAGAGAUGGCAGCAGAGGAGGACAGGCAGCGGGUGGGUGGCAGGCAGGAAUCAGGGCAGGCAGCAGACAGGUUCGGCAGGGCGGGCAGCGAGGGGCAGGCAGUCUGCCUGGCGUCGCGGCCGCUGCACCAUCCCCGCCCGGCCGCUCGUGGGGAGCGGCGCGGGCCGGGGAAGGGCCAGGCCAAAGCCCGGGGCUGUCAGGGCACGGCGCUCUCCCGGGCACCGAGGCUCGGCUGCGCCGGCCCCGAGUGGCCCCUCCUCUCGCUCCGCUGCCCCUCCUGCCCCGCCCGGCGGGGCUCCGCGGGAUGGGCCGUGCCGCGCUGCUCCCCCCGGCCCGGCCCCGGAGGGCGGGCGGGUGCGGCUGCGGGUGCGGUGCACCUGCUGGGCGGCUCGGCGCGGCGGGACUCGGCAGCGCUCGGCGGAGCCAUGCCGGCUGCCACCACACUCGGGCUGGACUCUCAGCGCACCUCCGCGCUAGGGCGGGACAGCGGUGGCCCCCGCGGACACACAGGGCAGUGCCGCCGGCUGCUCCCGCCGCCGCUCGGCUCCCUGCGCGUCCUGCACGGCAGCGGCACCGACGUGGGCACCGUGGUCGCGUUCCGGUGCUCGGCCGAGCUCCAGCUGCAGGGACCGGACAUCGUCACCUGCGUUUGGAAAGGGAACGGCACGCAGUGGACAGCCGGAGUGCCCUCCUGCAAGCCCAUAUCAAAAUACGAGACUUUUGGCUUUAAGGUCGCAGUGAUUGCCUCCAUUGUGAGCUGUGCUGUCAUUCUGCUGAUGUCCAUGGCUUUCUUAACUUGCUGUCUGAUCAAGUGUGCGAAGAAAAGUGAGAAGAGGAGAGCUCAAAGAGAAAUGCAGCUGUGGUACCAGCUGAGGACUGAAGAACUAGAGCACAUGCAAGCUGCUUACUUUGGUUUUAAGGGAAGAAACAAUAACAACAACAGUAAGAAACUCAGGAAUACAUCUGUUUUUGGUGAUGUGACUGACAUGGCAUAUGAUAACCAAGGCUUCUACAGGUCCCAGGAAGAGCGGACUCAGGAUGUCGUAGUUGGGUGUUGCAAAGACAGCAGUGACCUGCUGAAGGUAGCCAAGAGCAGUGGUGCACCUGGGGCACACAUGGUACUGAGACACAACACUGCACUGCAGACGGUGAACUCCAUACACGUUGUUGAAGUCUACAGUCAUAAGGAUAGUUACAACAAACCAACCUGCCAGUUACCUGGAUAGCUGGUGUCUGAAAUGCAACUGCUUCUCUGGACCAAAAUGACACGUCGAUAGAAAUAUGUGCCUUAAAGACAACAUAGAAAGUUUAUUAUUCAUAUGAACUGUAAGUUUUCUAUAUUCCAAGAUAGUUAUUUAAGAGAAAUGCUUCAAGGUCUAAUACAAAUAAAAGAUGUGAAUAUUGGGGCUGUCAAUCCAGAGCUGUUCUCUGCAGUGUGCUGUGUAGUGUGACCAUGGCGAAAGCAUAAUGCCCUUCUGCACAGUGUAGAGGCAUAUUUGCCUCAUAGGAAGCUGCUGAUAAUAAUUGCACACCUCUCAGAUUCCAGUCUUAUCUGAAUCAGUGGGUUUUGUAAGAAUUUCAGAAAGAAAAGUCCCCCAUAUUUUUACAAAGUAGAAUGAUAGAACUACAAAACAAAUUUGGUUUUAAUUAAAUGCCCCAUUGUUUUGUAUUGGAAAGGUCUUUAAUUCAUCUGCUCUGUGUUUAGAGACCAUGUAAGACUGGGUGCAGCAAAGGCCCGUCUGCAGGUCUGCCAGCCUGUGGGAGAGGAGAUGGCACAUGGAGGGGUGUGGUGCGGUGCUGUGGCACACCUUGGGGCCCCCACCAGUGACCUCCUGUAGCUUCUACUGGUGUCCCAGUGCGAGAGCAGUUGGUGUGCAGGGGGGAACAGCAGUGCAGCCUUCCUGGAGCAGCCAGCUCAGGAUCGCUGCAGCAUCAUUCCUGUGAGACCUCUCUAAAUAAAGGGCUGAGGUAGCUUUUGAAAGCCUGCCUUCUUUUCCUUUUGUUAAUCUGUACAUCAUGUGGGGAAACAAGGUGGUUUUUUUUCUUGUUUUGUCCUUUUUGAAUAGUUAAGUAACAGAUACAGUGCUUUUUCUACUGUUUAUAUGCAAAUACAUGUAUAUAUUACUUACAGUAUGGUUAUUUUUGUUCCAGUUGAAGUCUUACUUAAUACUAUCAUCAGUUUUCUGUUUAAUGGGUAUCAUCACAUCCCUCUUGUGGGUGGAAACAUGACCUUAUAGCAGGCUGCAGUAAUUGUUUUGUGGUAUAUUCCCUUGAUAUGAAUCCAGUAUCCUCUCACAGCCUGCAGUUCUGAAGCUUCAGUUUUGAAAUUCAAAUUACUGUAGUUUGCUGGCAAAUGCCCUCUUCUAUCCUGGCCAUACUCUGCAGAGAUCAAAAACACAUGCUUGAAAUUCAGUAAGAUGCAGCAGAGCAGCUUUCUUAUUGUUUCUAAUAAUCUCAGUUCUGCUGUACGCUACACCAAGGUGCACCCUGCAACACACUUCUCACUACACACUGCAGAAACGAGAACGGAUA